AUGGUUAUAUCGGAUGAUGCAAUGGUUCUGAGUCCACAAAUCGCACAGGAUCUGCAGAUGUGCGCCGCUUUUCUCGGUAUUGAUGCUCUGGUUGCCGAUGAUGAGGACGGUGAUCUGUUGGACCCCAAAAUCGGGUUACCUUGUUCGGAAAGUCGAAACCCUCAUUUCCCCGGCAAGAUGCUUAUAAUCCAACCAUCAGACAUGGCUGCAAAAGAAUUCUACAUCUUGGUGGAGAAAUCCAGGAUUAAUGAGCGCACUUUUGCGUUGUUCACCGUCAGUCAUGAGCUAUACAUACGUAGAAGGAAGUCGGACAUUAAUGAAGUGCAACAGGUGAAGAUACGGGCGAAAACGGGAUGUGAAUUGAAGGAAUUGCAUUAA